AUGUCAUAUCAUCAUUUUGCUUUCAAAAUUAAUGUAGUGAUAACAUGUGUCAAAAUCACUGGCUACAAUGUGAAACUCCAUUUUUCGGAGAUUCAGUUCUCAGAUGAGGAACCAUACUCUAGACUAGGGAAACGGCUCUUUAACAUUUACGUUCAGGGGAAGUUGAUUUGGGAGGAUUUCAACAUUAGAGUAGAGGCUAAUGGAACUCACAAGGAAGUUAUAAAAGAAGUGAACACAACUGUGACUGAUAACACUUUAGAGAUAAGGCUCUACUGGGCAGGGAAAGGCACAACGAUCAUUCCUAAAAGAGGCAACUAUGGCUCUCUUAUCUCUGCAAUCUCAGGACAAUUACCAGAUGGAACAUUGAUCGCGGUAAAGAAGCUAUCUUCAAAAUCAUGUCAAGGUAACAAAGAGUUUGUAAACGAGAUCGGUAUGAUCGCUUGCCUGCAACAUCCGAAUCUUGUGAAGCUUUAUGGAUGCUGUUGUGAGAAUAAUCAGCUCCUUCUUGUCUAUGAGUACUUGGAGAACAAUUAUGCAGGAAGAAGCGGUCUGAAACUAGAAUGGGGAACAAGACGCAAAAUAUGCUUAGGAAUCGCGAGAGGGCUUGCAUUUCUUCAUGAAGAUUCAGCGGUUAAGAUCAUUCACAGAGACAUCAAAGGGACAAAUGUACUGCUAGACAAGGAUCUGAACUCCAAGAUUUCGGAUUUUGGGUUGGCUAGGCUUCAUGAAGACGACAAGAGCCACAUUACCACCAGAGUUGCAGGAACAAUGUCAGUCAGAUUCCUACACAAUGGAUGA